UCGCACCGACCGGAAAUCUCUGCCAUGACAACUAAACAUAAGGCUUUGAAUUCAAUGGCGGGGAGGACGCGCACUUUCUAAAACUAUGACGUGAAAUAUUAAUAAAAACAUUACGAUUUAAACAUUUUUACACAUUUAUAUAAGACGUCUUUUGUAAGACCGGACUUUUAGUGGUUAUUAUGGCUCUUUGGAGAGGAGAAAGGCUGAACGCUCCGGCGGACUUCAUGAAAGCUCCAGACGGAGCAUCUGUCUAUAACCCUACUCCUCCUCUGAUGACACCUGCUCAGUUUACUGGGGGUCCUCGGGCCCGGCCCACAGCUUCACAGACCUUGCCCACCCAAGCUCUGCCACAGUCCACAUCUUUCAGAGCCACGCCCCCUUCUAAAUGCAAUGAGGAGGGGCUUGCCUGGACAGACACUGAUGGAGUGGAAGCAUGGCAGCCCAUCCAUCACAAACACCAGAGUGAGAAAAUGUUACAGCAGCGCUCUGACCACAGGUUGCCAGAAGUUCAGAGGAGCAGCUCAAAGCCCCUGCUCCAAGAGGUGGAAAGGUUAAGAGAAGACAAGGAAAUGAUGAUGGUCGAGAUGGAGCGUCUGAAAGGAAGAGUAGAGUGUUUGAAAGAGCAGAUCAGAGAUCAGCAAAGCCAAAUAAACCGACAGUGUAUAGAGCGUGAUGAGUUACACAGUGAACUGAAGAGUUGCAAGUCUGAGCUCAGUAUGAGCCAAGACCUGCUUCUGACCUUAAAAAAUGAGUAUAAAUUAGAAUGUGAAUGUUUGGAGAAAGAGUUACAGGACUCUAAGCUGGAGAUGGGGAGACUGCAACAAAAAUUAGAGACACAGAAUGUGAUAACUGAUGCUGUACAGGAAGUGACCUCACUGAGGACCCAAAUACAAGAAGUGAUAUCAGAGAGAGAUGAGCUGAGAAAUCAGCUGAGUGUCCUGAACAGCUCAUUGUUGGAACAGUCUGAGUGUGUGCAGAAACUGCGCACAUACAUUGGCAGCAACAUCACCGAGGGAAAAGAAGAGGAGGAGCUAAGACGACAGAUACAGCAUUUGGAGAAGGAAAAGGAAGCCCUGUCUCUAUCUGUCCAGCUACUGAAUGUCAGAGUGAAUGCAGCCAGUGACAUUCUAGCCAUUCAAGAGAAAGAGCUAGGUGAACAUGUGCAGACUGACCCGUUGUACUCUGGUAGUAAGGCUGGGCAGAUGUUGAGUGUUUGGAGACAAAAGGUCUUCAUGCUGCUUGUUAAACUGCAGACCAGGGACUUGCAGCUCCACACAGAGAAAACACAACUACACAACAUGGUUUCCUCUCUACAGCAGCAAGCAGAGUGCUUGCAGUCGCAGAACAGUGUCGUUCAGCACCACCUAGAGGACAAAACAGCCCAGUUAGAAUUACAGCAUGUACACACGCAGGGAAUACAGCAGCAGUUGGACAGAGCUCUACAGGAGAAUGCUCAGCUGAAAGAGCGCAAUAAGAGCAACGAGGGAUCACUGAAUGAUAUUAGUGAAACUGCGCACAGGGUGAUGUCAGCCGUAGAAAUGAAGGCAGGUCAGAUGGAAGCAGUUCAGUCCAGUGUAAGUCAGCUGAACCAGAGACUCGCCUUUGCUGCCAAACGUCUGGACACAGUACAUGGGCUGCUGUUGAGGAAAGAAGCUCUGUGGAGAACCAAGAAAGCUAUAAGAUCUCCAGAGCCGGCAGUGUCAGAGAGCUUUAUUAAGAAUCUCCAGGCUGAGGUGGUGUUGUUGAGUGCAGAGAGGGACAAACUCACACAAGAGCUCAAACGCACACCAGACCUCAUCCAGGCCUCCCUGUCCGAACUACAGCAACAGCGAGAAAGAGAGCUGAGCCACCUGAGGGAAGCUCUGUCACGCAGCAGAGAGGAGUUGGAGGCAUCAGAAUCGAGGCGAAUGGAGACUCAGAGACAAUGUGAAGAGCAUGAGGGGACCAUCGGGGAGCUCCGUGCUGAGGCCCAGAGACUACAGCAGCAGUGUGACUCAGUUUUACAAAAGGUAUCAGAAGUUGAAAGUGUGUGUGCAGAGAAGCUCAGGGACAUGGAGGCUCAACUCAACACAGCAAGGAGAGAGCACACAAAAGCAGUGGUAGCUUUGCGACAGGUUCAGAGGCAGGUGGAGAGAGAGAAAGAACAGAUGAAAGAAGGAGAGAGAGAGAGAACAGAACACACACUCAAACAGAUCACACAUCUGCAGAAACAGCUGAAAGACAAGGACAAAGACCGCAACCUUCUCCUAGUGAGUCACACACACUCUCUCUCAUCUAUUCUUUCUAAGGGGGAAUCAGUGGCAGUCCUGGCUCACUUGGUGCCUAAGGCAAUGGUUCAGGAACAGGGUUUGAUGAAUGAGUAUAAAAGACUGAGAAGAUCAGCAAUUCAGACAACUGACGCCCAGAAACAAAAACAUCAUCUUCAGUCUGAGAGCAGCAAUCCUCCAACACCUGAAAGUCUGCUGGGGGCACUGCAGGCUCUUAGUGCCGCAGUGAUGGGCAGCUCAGAGGAAGAGGAUGAUGAGGAGGGUCAGGCCUUCACUGUGACACAAACACCCUCUUGUGCUGACACACAUAAAGAAUAGUGCUGAACACACCAAUCAAUUCUCUCUCUCACACACAUGCACUCUCUCUCUGUCUAACCCCUCUCAUAGGGGUUUGAUGUCUGUUUUAUAAUUUAAUAAAAGAUUAUUUGUAAAAUUA